AUGACUGAGAAUAAUUCCAAAAGCAACGGUGACAAUAGAAAUGACAAUACUAAUAAAAAAGAUAAUGAAGAAUUUAAAGCAGAAUUGACAGAUAAAGGCUCUUCUGCAAUGGGAAAUGUGGGAGCUUUCGCAAAAACCGCUACUACAUUAAGACAACAAGAACAACAUCGCAAAUCUUUAAAUGAUGGGUCAAUUGAAAGUGUUGUGCCUGAAAUGGCAGAAUUGACAAUGUUGCCUGGACGACAUCAGCACGGAAAAGAAGAACAGAAUCUCUUUACCAAUUUUAUGGGGAAGAUGACUGAUACUAUCAAGCAUGGUAUUUCUAUUAUUGUUGGUGAAAGUCAGGGUGUUAAAGAAGCUGCCAAGAGAGUGCCAAACACUAAUAAAACUGAAAAGUUUUGA